AGGUAACUAUAAAGGUUGUGGGUGCGCCUGAGUGUUCAGCUUCGGGUCAGGAGCGGAGUAGGAUGUCGCACGUCUAACGCUAUCUCGAUCUACGUCCACAUUUCAUGAGAUCUGAUAACGGACCGUUGCCUGCUUUACAGGACGUCGCGAGAAUCCGGAGAACAGAGAUUCGAAGGCAAUUGAUGGGAAAACAAUUACGUUCCUUCAAUGCAGUGGUUUUCACUACAGGCUGUCUACUCAUUUUCUGUUCGUGGCAGUUGCUUAAGCUCCCUCAUCGUUAUAAGCCUGCGACAUGGAAUAGUUCCAGAAUGGAUGGGCUUUCUACAGUUUAUGCAACGAAACAAGAACAAUUAAGGUGCCAUCUGGGUGGAUUAUCCUUCAAUAACAACGAAGCUACAGCAAUUGCAGGACAGGCACUUUGUAAAUGCCGACAGGGAUUACUAUUUUGUUCCAGACCAAAUAUAGAUGAUGUCGAAGACAAGAAGGCGAUUCACGUCUUAAUUGCUUCACCUUCCAAACGAUUAGUUGGCAUGAUGGCUUUGGUCAACUCAAUCUAUAGCAACACAAACUCAUCACUGAAAUUUCACUUGGUGACGAACGAUCAAGGAGCAAAUCAUUUGUCAAUCUGGAUGAGCAUACCGAAGCUGCGGAACGUGAAGCGAGAAAUUAUUGUGUUUAAUAGGUAUUGGAUUGGGGGAAGAAUUUCGUUACCUCACAGAGGAGCACGAUGGGAAGAGUUUAUAGAACCUAUAACGUUUGCACGUUUCUAUCUUCCUCAGCUUUUGCCAGACUUCACUGGUCGUGUGAUAUACAUGGAUGAUGAUUGCAUAGUCAAAGGUGAUAUUCGACAUCUACAUAGAACCUUUAUAUCCAAAAAUCACAUUGGAGCUUUUUCAACUUUAUGCCAAGAAGUUGAUGACCAUUACUCAAUCACCCGUGGUUCUUAUGGUGACAUAUUGAAUUAUCACAAUGCCAAAGUGCAACAAUUAGGCAUUCCAGAUACGACAUGUAUGCUUAAUAGUGGUCUGUUUGUUGUUGAAAUGAUGAGGUGGAAAGAGUAUAACAUUACUGAUCAGCUUGAGUACUGGGCAGAUCUUAACAGUAGAGAAACUGUAUUCUUUGAAGCUGGUGACCAGCCAGUUUUUAUGAUUGUGUUCCACGGCCUGUUUUCACUAGUUAAUCCAUACUGGCAUGUUAGACAUUUAGGUUACAGAGCCGGUGGACGUUAUCCUAAACAUUUCUUCGAUGAAGAAGCUCAUCUACUUCACUGGAAUGGAGCCAAUAAACCUUGGCAAAAUCCAGACCAAUAUGGUUCUAACAUAUGGAGAAAAUAUGAGCUGCAGGAUCCUUUAGGGAUCCAGACAACAGCUAGUAAUGUUGUAAAAUAUACAGAAUGAGUUAUUUAGGUUCUUUGCUACGUUUAAGAUGAAAGUCAAACUUUUCAUGUUGGCUUUGUAGUGGCUGAUGUUUAGAUAAAAAGAACAACUUGUGCUUUUCAC